AUGGGGACAGUGGGGCCAGACAGAUCAAGGAGGCCACCGAUUGGCCGGUGGAACAAAGGGGCGGUGGCAGGCGGCCGGGGUGGGAGCGGAGAGGGGCAGCGGCUGGUCCCCCCCAGCCCCCCGCGACCCCACAGCACCGCUGCCGGCGCGGCCCCGAGAGUAGGGGGUGCUACCCGUGCUCGCGCCCCCCCUCCAGGUCCGGCGGCUGCAGGGGGCACGGGGGAUGCGGGGCUGGGUGCGCGGCGGGGGAGGAGGGGAGUGACGGCCCUUCUGGGAAGCACCGCCGGGAGCCAGGAGUGCGUGGAUGCGGAGGAGCCGGGCCCCAGAACGAGGCCUCGCCCAAGGUCACCUCGGGGCUGUGCACUUGGAAGCUCGGGGCCGCCCCCACCCGGCCUGGAGCGGGAGAGAGCCCGGUGUCCCUGGGGCGGGGACGGCGCGGUCGCGGCAGCCCCUGCCUCCGGCGAGCCUGGAAGCUCUGGGGAGGACGGAGAGCCAGCAGUUGUGCCCUUGCCCAGAAGCGAGUGUGUCCUUUCCCUCUUGAGGACAGAAACUUGGGCCUCAGAGAAAUGGAAUGCCUUUCCUUCUCCAUCCAAAUGCAACUUGGGAUCCUGGGUCAGAUCCUGGAACAGAAAGAAAGACGGCAGCAGAAGAAGCAGUGAAAUCCAAGUAAAGCCUGCAGUUUUAUACCAAGUGCCAAAGUCCCUCUUGGUGACAGCUGAGGCACGCCUGUCCAGGCCCACCUCGCAGCCGCCUCCCCGGAGACCGCCGCUGGGUCUCCGCAUGGCCCUUACGCUCCGGGAGCUGCACCCACAGACUGCGGCGGGACCCCAAGCAUUCGACCCAGGAGCCCAGGCCUCCAGCUGCUUCGUGACACAGUCCAGCCUCCACACACAGCGAAAGACACCGGCUGCCCACCCGGUGGCAGCGCGCUCUCUGCGUCCCUAACCUGCUGUCUGUCCAGCCCAGCUGCCUGCUGCCUGCUGCCUGGAGAUUUGUGUUGCAAAUCAGGUCCCUCUGCUCCCCGGCCUGGUGUGUGAAACUCAGGGGCAGGAAGCUCUCAGGGAAGCUCGGCCUGACCCUCCACCCCCCUCACCUACUGCCCUCCAACCCCGAACUACUGCCUGGCUGUUCCUCUACAAGCAAAGUUCUUCUGGUUGGCCGCCACUUCCCUGCAGGCCUCCAGACCCUGCCCUGGCCUCAGGUCCAGUCCCCUACCUCCUCCGAGAAUAAUGGUUAUUCAUUGUGUGUCUGCCGCCACCCUCUGCCCCAGAGUGCACACGACUUCCGGGGCACAGUGGCGAAACUGGCGUCUCCCGCCACUGGAAUUGCGCCUGGCACCUUGGUGGCUGCAGAAAGCACGAAUGGAGGCGGAAGGAAUGAAGAGGGAGCCGCUUCCCGCCCCGCAGGGGCCGUCACAGCGGGGCUGGCCUAGCUCCCCCGACCGGACUCCAGUGUGCAAAGAGGGGGAUUUGGCUCUAGGGCAGAGGGUCGCCUGCCCCCGGCUGGUAGGCUCGCGAGACUGCGGGCGGCAGUGCAGAGGUGGGGUGAGGCAGAGAGAGGGCGGCCUCACGCUGCUCCUCCCACUCUGGCGCCGGCCCGUGGGGAACGCGCCCGGCCGGCCUAGCUCUCCAGACGGGGUCAGGGCCCCGCGCGCCAGGUGUCCCUAACGCCCAGGACGCGAGGCGGAUCUGGGGAGGACACGGGCAGGAGGCCGCCGCUCCGGGCGCUCCGUGCUCCCCGCCGCUGCCACGAGUGCUGCAGCUGGGGUGGACAGAGUGGGCCGGGCUAGGGUCGAGCGGGGCUCGGGACCGGUCACCGGGCCCUUUGCUGCGCCCUCGCUCCUCCGCCCAGGCUUCCCGGGAAAGCUGCGCGGCGCGCAGGGGACCGGCCGGCAGGGCGCGGCGUGGCUAAGACAGGCCCCGCCCACCCCGCCUUGGGCUGGGUGUCCGGGUGCAGGGAGCAAGGGUCGAAGCUUCGGGGAGCCGAGGAACCCCUCGGUGGGUGGGGCCAGUGUCCUUAUUGGGUCAGGGUGCGAUGCCGGGCCACAAAUUCUCGUGCGCCCCUCUCCCGCCUGAGCACCACCCCCCACGUCCCGGGAGCUUGGGUCCCCCUCUAGCUUCCCCGCGCCCCUUGAGGUCGGCGCAAGUGACCCCGCACGGAAAUCCAGCGGGCGACCGGGGGGCGCGGGAGAGGCUAGCCCAGAGGCUGAGCAAACGGGCUGGACCCCUGGGGCGCCCUGACCGGUCUCCGGGGAUGCGAGCAGGGCCCCCCCCCCCGCAGCCCUUCCCCGCUCCCGCAGUCAGCGGCUAUCAGACCUGGCAUCAGACCCGCCCGCCGCACCCCCUCAUUUCCUCUGCCCCGGCGGGGUGCGGGCAGGCGCGGCACCCUGGCUCUUAGGCACGGAGGGGUGGGGCGCGGGGUC